AUAUCACCAGAGGUGGCAGUAGUCUCUGUGGUGUUGUUUACGUUCACAACUGAAGCAGAAGCCCGCCUAUUCGUAGAAGAAGAGGAAGCGGAAGUAUGCUGGAGGUUUAAAUCGGCCCGCCUGAGUGAGCGACAGAAGGGAUGCUGUAGCUCUUACGUGCGUGAGGAAUCUGAAGCUGAACUCUUGAAAUGGCUUUUAAAAUGGAAAGGACCCUACAGGAGAUCCCUUGCUUGAACGACCAUUUGGAGGGAUCCCUGCUAGCAUCACAAAGCGGUAGCACUAAGCGGCUGAAAAGGAGCGCAUGUCUCGAUGCCGAGAACACUCCACAGGAGCUCAUCCAGAACUGGUCGCCACCGCACAAACACCCACGAGUUGCCGCCGACAAGGGGAAAGAAAACGACGAGAACGUGUUUGUUUUGGCGAGGAGGCCACGGAAGAGGAGAGACUCGUUAGGUGCGUGCUGGAACCGACUGCCUGAUGAGCUGUUACUGCGUAUCCUGUCCUGCCUCUCCCUGAAGGACCUGCUCCGAACCUCCAGAGUCUGCAAGCGCUGGCACCAGCUCUCGUUUGAUGAAUCGCUGUGGCACAGUGUGGAUCUGGAGGCGAAAGUUCGACUGGGGAACGCGGUUGGCCAGGCACUGUCUGCCGGCGCUCAGAGACUCAGAUGCCCACACACCUCCAUUGGAGAGCCACAUUUCAGCCACAAAGAAACGCUGCGAGUUCAACACUUGGACCUUUCAGGCUGCAUAGUCCCCCCGGAGAUCAUCCAUGACAUCACGUCCCGCUGUACCAAACUACAGAACCUGAGUCUGGAAGGACUCACACUCUCAGAUGGCAUUAUACAGUCGUUAGCACAGAAUCCACAACUGGUACGCCUCAACUUGAGCGGAUGUUCAGGAUUCUCUCCGAACCCCCUGGCCGAGAUGCUCAAAUCCUGCACAAGGCUGAACGAGUUGAACAUUUCCUGGUGUGAUUUCACUCGUGACCAUGUGAGGGUAGUAGUGAACAACGUUACUCCCACAAUCACCCAGCUCAACCUCAGCGGCUACCGACAGAACACCUACUUCGACGACAUACGGUGCCUGGUGGUCCGGUGUCCCAACCUCGUCAGCCUGGACCUCAGUGACAGCGUGCUCCUGACGGUGGACACAUUCCCGUUGCUGCAGCAGUUAUCCUCUCUCAGAGCCCUGGGCCUCAGCCGCUGCUACCAGAUCCUCCCUGCCGCCCUCCUGUACUUUGAGCAGUUUUCUCGGCUGGAGACGCUGGAGGUGUUCGGCCUGUUGCCGGACCCCAACGACCUGUCAGGCCUAGUCAAGGAGCUGCCCCACCUGCGCAUCAACACUCAGCGUUUCACCACCAUCGCCAGGCCCUCCCCCUCGGCACGCAGCCACAACCCCCCAGCUAUGUGGGGACUCACCUGCCGCCUAGUCUACAGGCCUUAGGACCAUGCGGAGUGGUGGGGAGCAUCAGUAUGACAUCAUGAUGGAAUGGAGUUAUGACGUCUGUGGUGUUGGUGAAGAGGAGGGAGGCAGUGUUGCUCCUUUGAAUAUGGACCAAAUUGGAUUUUUGAAAUCCCACCAAGUUAAAAGGUUUGCAGCAGGAACUAAAAAGGAAUGUACUCCUUUUUGUUUUUUGUUUCCCCUUAUCAAUGGUACCAAAAUUCAGUAUUGAUCAGGCAAUAUUUUUACAGCAGCUUUUAAAGAGUUUUCUAACAUGUUUUUAUUCUGGUCAAACCAUGGUUGUUUUAAAAAAAAAAAAAAGAUAAAUGUUGGUUUUAAGAGUCAAAAUUUCCCAAAGUUGUUACUGUAAUGUUUUCACAACGGAAAAGCCACGGUCCUGUUAAACUUGAAAUUUGAAAAUUGUCUUGUUGUCUGACAAUCUAAGACUGUCUAAGACGGUGGAAAUGUUCUGCGGCUUGUUUUAGAAAAUCAAAACUGCCUUGAAUUUGUAGUAAUCUACUGAUGUGAAAGUGCUCGCUGCACGAAAAUAAAAACACUGAAGCAUUCUACACUAGGAAGUCACUCUAGAGUGAGGCCAUUGAGUUAAAUUUCCUCUUUUUGAACAGAAUGAAGGAAGCAAACUUUCUACUGCUCCUAUUUGCUUUGAACAGCCAAGUGUGCAUUUUGUACAGCAUGGCCUCAGCUGUCAAAUGUCAGUAUGUAAUAGAAUGUAAAUUUGGGCAUGCCUGAAUGAUCAGCUAUGCCCAUGUAGGUAGCUGAACAAUGCAUUGUCAAAAUUAUGUACUUGUGUACAUGAUGGUUAGAUAUGUUAAUUUUAUAAGAACGUUAUUGUAUUUUUGAUGGCUUCAUCAAUUUGUUCGUCCCAUUGUAAAUAAAUGUUUUCUACUUCUGUA